CAGGUGGCCACUAAACGACAGUUCAUGGAUGACAUACAGAAGAUACACAAGGAGAUGCCUACAGGGAACACCUGGUAUACACAAGAAGCAAUGCGGGCCGUCAACCAAGCCAUCGGACGCGUUAUCCGUCAUCGCAAUGAUUUUGGCGCCAUAAUAUUUUGCGAUGAAAG